ACGUGGUUUUUGAGUCCAAAGAUCAGGGCUGGGUUGACCUGAAUACUGGAUACAGGGCAUAUAAAACAGGGGCAAGGCACAGACUCAUAGCAGAGCAAUCACCACCAAGCCUGGAAUAACUGCAAGGGCUCUGCUGACAUCUUCCUGAGGUGCCAAGGAAAUGAGGAUGGAGGAAGGAAUGAAUGUUCUCCAUGACUUUGGGAUCCAGUCAACACAUUACCUCCAGGUGAAUUACCAAGACUCCCAGGACUGGUUCAUCUUGGUGUCCGUGAUCGCAGACCUCAGGAAUGCCUUCUACGUCCUCUUCCCCAUCUGGUUCCAUCUUCAGGAAGCUGUGGGCAUUAAACUCCUCUGGGUAGCUGUGAUUGGAGACUGGCUCAACCUCGUCUUUAAGUGGAUUCUCUUUGGACAGCGUCCAUACUGGUGGGUUUUGGAUACCGACUACUACAGCAACACUUCCGCGCCCCUGAUAAAGCAGUUCCCUGUAACCUGUGAGACUGGACCCGGGAGCCCCUCUGGCCAUGCCAUGGGCACAGCAGGUGUAUACUACGUGAUGGUCACAUCUACUCUUUCCAUCUUUCGGGGAAAGAUAAAGCCGACCUACAGAUUUCGGUGCUUGAAUGUCAUUUUGUGGUUGGGAUUCUGGGCUGUGCAGCUGAAUGUCUGUCUGUCACGAAUCUACCUUGCUGCUCAUUUUCCUCAUCAAGUUGUUGCUGGAGUCCUGUCAGGCAUUGCUGUUGCAGAAACUUUCAGCCACAUCCACAGCAUCUAUAAUGCCAGCCUCAAGAAAUAUUUUCUCAUUACCUUCUUCCUGUUCAGCUUCGCCAUCGGAUUUUAUCUGCUGCUCAAGGGACUGGGUGUAGACCUCCUGUGGACUCUGGAGAAAGCCCAGAGGUGGUGCGAGCAGCCAGAAUGGGUCCACAUUGACACCACACCCUUUGCCAGCCUCCUCAAGAACCUGGGCACGCUCUUUGGCCUGGGGCUGGCUCUCAACUCCAGCAUGUACAGGGAGAGCUGCAAGGGGAAACUCAGCAAGUGGCUCCCAUUCCGCCUGAGCUCUAUUGUAGCCUCCCUCGUCCUCCUGCACGUCUUUGACUCCUUGAAACCCCCAUCCCAAGUCGAGCUGGUCUUCUACGUCUUGUCCUUCUGCAAGAGUGCGGUAGUGCCCCUGGCAUCCGUCAGUGUCAUCCCCUACUGCCUCGCCCAGGUCCUGGGCCAGCCGCACAAGAAGUCGUUGUAAGAGAUGUGGAGUCUUCGGUGUUUAAAGUCAACAACCAUGCCAGAGAUUGAGGAGGACUACUAUUUGAAGCAAUGGGCACUGGUAUUUGGAGCAAGUGACAUGCCAUCCAUUCUGCCGUUGUGGAAUUAAAUCACGGAUGGCAGAUUGGAGGGUCGCCUGGCUUAUUCCCAUGUGUGACUCCAGCCUGCCCUCAGCAUAGACUCUUUCAGAUGGAGGUGCCAUAUCACGUACACCAUAUGCAAGUUUCCCGCCAGGAAGUCCUCCUCUCUCUACUUGAAUACUCUCACGAGUAGGGAGCUCACUCCCACUGGAACAGCCCAUUUUAUCUUUGAAUGGUCUUCUGCCAGCCCAUUUUGAGGCCAGAGGUGCUGUCAGCUCAGGUGGUCCUCUUUUACAAUCCUAAUCAUAUUGGGUGAUGUUUUUGAAAAGCUAAUGAAGCUAUUGAGAAAGACCUGUUGCUAGAAGUUGGGUUGUUCUGGAUUUUCCCCUGAAGACUUACUUAUUCUUCCGUCACAUAUACAAAAGCAAGACUUCCAGGUAGGGCCAGCUCACAAGCCCAGGCUGGAGAUCCUAACUGAGAAUUUUCUACCUGUGUUCAUUCUUACCAAGAAAAGGAGAAAGGAGCUCUGAAUCUGAUAGGAAAAGAAGGCUGCCUAAGGAGGAGUUUUUAGUAUGUGGCGUAUCAUGCAAGUGCUAUGCCAAGCCAUGUCUAAAUGGCUUUAAUUAUAUAGUAAUGCACUCUCAGUAAUGGGGGACCAGCUUAAGUAUAAUUAAUAGAUGGUUAGUGGGGUAAUUCUGCUUCUAGUAUUUUUUUUUACUGUGCAUACAUGUUCAUCGUAUUUCCUUGGAUUUCUGAAUGGCUGCAGUGACCCAGAUAUUGCACUAGGUCAAAACAUUCAGGUAUAGCUGACAUCUCCUCUAUCACAUUACAUCAUCCUCCUUAUAAGCCCAGCUCUGCUUUUUCCAGAUUCUUCCACUGGCUCCACAUCCACCCCACUGGAUCUUCAGACGGCUAGAGGGCGACUCUGGUGGUGCUUUUGUAUGUUUCAAUUAGGCUCUGAAAUCUUGGGCAAAAUGACAAGGGGAGGGCCAGGAUUCCUCUCUCAGGUCACUCCAGUGUUACUUUUAAUUCCCAGAGGGUAAAUAUGACUCCUUUCUCUAUCCCAAGCCAACCAAGAGCACAUUCUUAAAGGAAAAGUCAACAUCUUCUCUCUCUUUUUUUUUUUUUGAGACAGGGUCUCACUAUGUUGCCCAGGCUGCUCUUGAAUUCCUGGGCUCAAGCAGUCCUCCCACCAUACCGCAGCCUCCCGCGUAGCUGGGACUACAGGUGCAAGCCACUACGUCCAGCUAGCCAACUCCUCCUUGCCUGCUUUUCUUUUUUUUUCUUUUUUUGAGACGGCGCACCUAUCACCCAGGCUGGAGUGGAGUGGCACGAUCUUGGCUCACUGCAACCUCUUCCUCCUGGUUCAAGCGAUUCUCAUGUCUCAGCCUCCUCAGUAGCUAGGACUACCGGUGUGCACCACCAUGCCAGGCUAAUUUUUAUAUUUUUAGAAGAGAUGGGAUUUCAUCAUGUUGGCCAGGCUGGUCUCGAACUCCUGACCUCAAGUGAUCCGCCUGCCUUGGCCUCCCAAGGUGCUAGGAUUACAGGCAUGAGCCACCGCACCGGGCCCUCCUUGCCUGUUUUUCAAUCUCAGCUGAUAUGCAGAGUAUUUCUGCCCCACCCACCUACCCCCCAAAAAAAGCUGAAGCCUAUUUAUUUGAAAGUCCUUGUUUUUGCUACUAAUUAUGUAGUAUACCAUACAUUAUCAUUCAAAACAACCAUCCUGCUCAUAACAUCUUUGAAAAGAAAAAUAUAUAUGUGCAGUAUUUUAUUAAAGCAACAUUUUAUUUAAGAAUGAAGUCUUGUUAAUUACUAUAUUUUAGAUGCAAUGUGAUCUGAAGUUUCUAAUUCUGGCCCAACUAAAUUUCUAGCUCUGUUUCCCUAAACAAAUAAUUUGGUUUCUCUGUGCCUGCAUUUUCCCUUUGGAGAAGAAAAGUGCUCUCUCUUGAGUUGACCGAGAGUCCCAUUAGGGAUAGGGAGACUUAAAAGCAUCCACAGGGGCACAGGCAGAGUUGAGCACAUAAACUUUGGAGGCCCAAAAUCAGCAUAGAACCAGAAAGAUUCAGAGUUGGCCAAGAAUGAACAUUGGCUACGAGACCACAAGUCAGCAUGAGUUGCUCUAUGGCAUCAAAUUGCAACUUGAGAGUAGAUGGGCAGGGUCACUAUCAAAUUAAGCAAUCAGGGCACACAAGUUGCAGUAACACAACAAGACUAGGCCAGCUCUGGAAUCCAGUAACUCAGUGUCAGCAAGGUUUUGGGUUAUAGUUCAAGAAAGUCUAAACAGAGCCAGUCACAGCACCAAGGAAUGCUCAAGGGAGCUAUUGCAGGUUUCUCUGCUAAGAGACUGAUUUCAUCCUGGGUGCAGGGUUCGACCUCCAAAGGCCUCAAAUCAUCACCGCAUCAAUGGAUUUCCUGAGGGUAAGCUCUGCUAUUUCACACCUGAACUCCGGAGUCUGUAUAUUCAGGGAAGAUUGCAUUCUCCUACUGGAUUUGGGCUCUCAGAGGGCGUUGUGGGAACCAGGCCCCUCACAGAAUCCAAUGGUCCCAACCAGGGAGAAAGAAAAUAGUCUUUUUUUUUUUUUUUUUAAUAGAGAUGGGGGUCUCACUAUGCUGCCCAGGCUGGUCUUGAACUCCUGGGUUCAAGUGAUCCUCCUGCCUCAGCCUCCCAAAGUGCUGGGAUUACAGUGUGAGCCACUGCGCUUGGCCAGAAAUGGUUUUGAUCUGUCUGAACUGAACCCUACUGCUUAGGCAUAGCCCCAUCCUUGAUAAUCUAUUUGCUUCCAAGGACCAAGUCCAAGAUCCUUACAAGAAAGGUCUGCCAGAAAGUAAAUACUGCCCCCACUCCCUGAAGUUUAUGAGGUUGAUAAGAAAACAUAACAGAUAAAGUUUAUUGAGUGCUAACUUUAUGCCAGAUUCUAUUCUAUGUACUUUAUUUAUACAAUUAACUCGCUUAGUUCUCCCAACAUCUCUGUGAGUUGGCUACUGUCAUUUAUCCUUAUAUUACAAAUAGGUCCAGAGGGGUUAGUCAUCUUGUCCAGAAUGGUGGAACCAGGUUAAGGAUCAGGCAGUCUGGGCUGGGCAUGGUGGCUCACAUCUGUAAUCCCAGCACUUUGGGAGGCUGAGGUGGCAGAUUGCCUGAGCUCAGGAGUUCGAGACCAGCCUGGGCAACAUGGUGAGACCCCGUCUAUACCAAAAAUAUGAAACAUUAGCCAAGCGUGGUGGUGCAUGCCUGUGGUCCUAACUACUCAGGUGGCUGAGGUGGGAGAAUCCCUUGAGCUCAGAGGUUGCAGUGAGCCAAGAUUAUGCCACUGCACUCCAGCCUGGGUGACAGAGUGAGACCCUGUCUCAGAAAAAAAAAAAAAAAGAAGCAAGCAGUCUGGGCUGGGUGCUGUGGCUCGCGCCUGUAAUCCCAGAUACAAAAUAAUCAUUUUGUAAUAUAUCCUGCUUAUUAGACAGAACAUUUUGAUCACUCAUCUGUUCCCUAAGUUAUAGAUUUAUGUCCACUUUAGAAAUGGCUUGUGAGGCAAGUUUAAGUGACCGAUGACAGUUUUAAAGUAAGGUCCAUGUCAUGUUAUGGCAUAAUUUGGUAGAAUGUUCUAGUAGUGUAUCAGUUUUCAGGUGGUAGGCUUGAGGAUGAUACACACACACACACACACACACACACACACACACACGCAAUGCAAUUCUAUUAUUGCCCAAAGAAAAUAGACCCAUUAAGGAAGUCCAACUUCUGCUGCGUGGACCAGUGCUGCCACAUCACACAUAGACCAAAGGCUUAGGUUUUUGUGGUUUUGGUUAUUUAUUUUAUCUUUUUAUUUUGUUUUAUCUUAUUUUAUUUUAUUUUAUUAUUUGAGAUGGAGUCUCACUCUGUCACCCAGGCUGGGGUGCAAUGGUGCAAUCUCAGCUCACUGCAACCUCCAACUCCUGGGGCUCAAAUGAUCCUCCAGCCUCAGCCUCCCAAAUAGCUGGGACUACAGAUGUGUACCACCAUGCCUGGCUAAUUUUUUUAUUUUUUGUAGAGACAGGGUCUCAAGCAUCCUCCCGCCUUAGCCUCCCAAAGUGCUGGGAUAACAGGCAUGAGCCGCUGCACCCAGCCACGUUUUUUAUUUUUAACAAAAUUGUAACACCUUUAAAAAAAUGUAUAACAAGGCCGGGCACGGUGGCUCAUGCCUGUAAUCCCAGCACUUUGGGAAGCCAAGGCAGGCAGAUCACCUGAGGUCAGGAGUUGGACCUGACCAACAUGGUGAAACCACGUCUCUACUAAAAAUACAAAAAAUUAGCCAGACGUGGUGGCACAUGCAUGUAAUCCCAGCUACUUGAGAGGCUGAGACAGGAGAACUGCUUGAACCUGGGAGGCAGAGGUUGCAGUGAGCCCAGAUCACACCAUUGCACUCCAACCUGGGCAACAAGAGUGAAACUCCAUCUCAAAAAAAAAAAAAAAAAGCUGUAUAACAGCUUGAGAUAUAAUUCACAAUACCAUACAAUUCACUCAUUUAAAGUGUACAAUUCAGUGGUUUUCAUUCCACUCCAACCCACUCAAGCCUAGGCAACCACUAAUCUACUUUCUGUCUCAUAGAUUUGCCUAUUUGGGGCAUUUCAUAUAAAUAGACUCCUACAAUAUGUGGCCUUUUGUGUCUGGCCUCUUUCACUUAGCAUGAUGUUUUCAAGGUUUAUCUGUGUUAUAGCAUGUAUUGGUACUUCAUUUCUUUUUAUGGACAAGUAAUAUUCCAUUGUAUGAAUAUAUAACAUUGUAUGAAUAUACCACAUUUUAUUUAUCUGUUUAUCAGGCCAAGCAUGGUGGCUCACAUCUGUAAUCCCAGCACUUUGGGAGGCUGAGGCAGGAGGAUUACUUGAGCCUAGGAGUUCAAAACCAGCCUGGGCAACACAGGGAGACCUCGUGUCUACAAAUAAUAAAAGAUUAGCUGGGCAUGGUGGCACAUGCCUGUAGUCUCAGCUACUCAGGAGGCUGAGGUGGGAAGGAUGGCUUGAGCCUUGGAGAUGGAGGCUGCAGUAAGCCACUGCACUCCAGCCUGGGCAACAGAGCAAAAGCCUGUCUCCAAAUAAUGAAUGAAUGAAUGAAUGAAUGAAUGAUAAAUAAAUAUUUGUUAAUCAGUUGAUGGAUAACUGGCUUGUUUCUGCUUUUUGGCUAUUAUGAAUAACAGUGCUAUGAACAUUUGUGUGCAAGUCAUUGUGUGGUUGCAUAGUUUCAUUUCUCUUGGGUACAUUCCUAGGAGUGGAAUUGCUGGGAGAUGUGGGAACUCUAUAUUUAACCCUUUAAGGAACUGCCAGACUGUUUUCCCGAAGGCUUAGUUAGGAAAGUUUUACAGUAUUUUUGGUUUUGUCAUCUCUUGAUUUCCUAGGAUCAUACCCUUUAUCAUAACUUUAUCUACUUCUAUGCUUUGGAAAGGUUUCAAAGGAAGACCGAUUAGGUGGUCAGAUUUUUCUUUUUCUUUUUCUUUUUUUUUUUUGAGACAGAGUCUCUCUCUGUUGCCCAGGCUGGAGUGUGGUGGCACCAUUACUGCUUACUGCAGCCUUGACCUCUCAGGCUCAAGUGAUCCUCCUGCCUCAGCCUCCCAUGUAGCUGGGACCACAGGUACGCACCACCACACCUGGCUUUUUUUUUUUUUUUUGUAGAGACAAGGUCUCACUAUAUUGCCCAGGCUGGUCUCCAACUCCUGGGCUCAAGUGAUCCUCUUUCCUUAGCCUCCCAAAGUGCAGGGAUUACAGGUGUGAGCUACUCACCCGACCAGGUGGUCAGAUUUUACAUGAGGAACUCUCAGCGCACUCCUCCACUUGCGUUGCCAAUUUCUUUGUUAUUCCAACAGGCAUUCCGGGAACAUUACAUUUGAAGACAUGUCUGCAUAUCUGAAAUUCCAGCCCUAAUUAAUUGACUCAUUGUUUGCAGCCUGUCAAAAUUUGCUGACUUGUUUUCUGAAAACCAUGACUUGAGCUGCUGAAUUAUUAAUAUUCAUUGACUUCACUCUGCAGUAACUGCUGAACUAGGCUGUAAGGCCUGUUUGUGUGAAUAAGAUAGGACGAUACCAUUUGUAUCCAAAAGUUUUUCAAGUGUCUCCUUGAUAAUAGGAAACAAUCUGGCUAAAUAGCCUUCUGGUUAUAUGGUUAAGGAAAUAAUUGACUAGAAGUGGCAUGAAGAAGCAGACAACAGAAGUCACUUCCAUCAGGGAACCAAGACCUUCAUUAAUCCAGAGGGAAAACUAGUGAUUUUUCUAGUCCAGUGAUGGGCAAUUCGAAGCUCAAAGUCUAAUUUCAGGGAGAAAGAUGAAAAACCUGCAUCCAGCCGGGCGUGGUGGCUCACAGCUGUAAUCCCAGCACUUUGGGAGGUCGAGGUGGGUGGAUCACCUGAGGCCAGGAGUUUGAGACCAGCGUAGCCAACAUGGUGAAACCCCGUAUCUACUAAAAAUACAAAAAUUAGCCGGGCGUGGUGGCUUAUGCCUGUAGUUCCAGCUACUCGGGAGGAUGAGGCAGGAGAAUCGAUUGAACCUGAGAGGUUACUGUGAGCUGAGAUUGCGCCACUGCACUCCAGCCUGGGCAACAGAGUGAGGCUCCAUCUCAAAAACAAACAAACAAACAAACAAAUAAAAUACAAAGCUGCAUCUGGACUGGGCAUAGUGUCUCAUACCUGUAAUCCCAGGACUUUGGGAGGUCCAGGUAGGAUUGCUUGAGGCCAGGAGUUCAAGACCAGCCUGUGCAACAUGGCAAGACCCUACCUAUACAAAAAAAAAUUUUUUAAAUAAAAAUUAGGCCGGG